AGCGUUCAUCAUUCAUCAGACCAAUAAAUCCCUAGAUCUCGUUUCGAUGUCUUCAUCUUCUUCGGUCUUAUAAAUCCCUCCCAUCUUGUCUUUUUUUUCUUUGGUCGGGACGCUGCUUGGCAACUCUCAGUAUUUAGCGAUUCUCUUCACACUUCUCGGUGUUUUUUUUCUCCUACUCUUUUCAUGGCGGCGGCGGAGGAUCUGGAUGAAUGGCCAUUAGAAGAGACUUCAUCCUCAUUUCAGCCGUCGUCUCGGUCUCUCCCAGUUCAGCCCGAGUUUUGGAACAGAGUUGAGGAAGCUACCCGUGAAAUUAUAGAGCAUGUCCAUCCAACACUCGUGUCGGAGGAUAGACGAAGAGAUGUUAUUGACUAUAUGCAAAGACUAAUCAGAAUGACUCUUGGUUGCGAGGUACAUUCUUUUGGAUCAGUCCCAUUGAAAACGUAUCUUCCUGAUGGGGAUAUUGAUCUCACAGCUUUUGGUGGACCGUGUCACGAGGAAGAUUUGGCCCACCAAGUUUUCUCUGUACUUGAUAGGGAGGAACAUAAUGUGGGUGCACCGUUUAUGAUUAAGGAUGUGCAGUUAAUACGGGCCGAGGUUAAGCUUGUUAAAUGUCUGGUGCAGAACAUUGUGGUAGAUAUCUCUUUCAAUCAGCUCGGUGGGAUUUGUACUCUGUGUUUUCUCGAGAAGAUCGAUCACCUCAUUGGAAAAGACCAUCUCUUCAAGAGAAGCAUCAUUCUCAUCAAAGCUUGGUGCUACUAUGAGAGCCGUAUUCUCGGGGCUCUACAUGGACUGAUCUCAACUUAUGCUUUGGAGACGUUGGUCUUAUAUAUUUUCCAUCUCUUCCACUCCUCAUUGGAUGGCCCACUUGCAGUUCUAUACAAAUUCUUGGACUACUUCAGCAAGUUUGACUGGGAUAACUAUUGCAUUAGCCUGAGUGGUCCAGUCAACCUUUCCUCACUACCAGAAAUCGUUGUUGAGACUCCAGAAAAUGAGGGGCAAGAUCUACUGCUAACCAGUGAGUUCCUCAAGGAGUGUUUGGAGUUGUACUCUGUACCUUCAAGAGGAUUUGAGACAAACCCACGUGUCUUUCCAGUGAGGCAUCUCAAUAUAAUUGAUCCACUUAAGGAAAAUAACAAUCUUGGUCGCAGCGUUAGCAAAGGUAACUUCUAUCGCAUACGAAGUGCAUUCACAUACGGUGCUCGGAAGCUUGGGCAAAUAUUUUUGCAGUCAGAAGAAGACUUAAGUUUUGAGCUUCGUAAGUUCUUCUCAAACAUGCUACACAGACAUGGAAGUGGCCAGAGGCCUGAUGUCCUUGAUGUUGUUCCCUACGUAAGGUUCAACAGGAACAGUGCCAUGUCCCAUGGUGCCAACCAUUUCCAAGACGGUCAAAUGGUUUACGAAUCGGAAUCUUCUAGUUCAUCUGGUGCUGCCCCUGCUACUGGAAACGGUAGACAUGACCAGGAAGACUUGUUGUGUACAGGAGGAGCCAAUGCUAGUAGGCUUGAUGUAAGCGGAUUACUUGUUGAAACAGCCCCUUCUGUAUCAGAUAGUCUGAGCUUCCAAAAGCUUGAAAUCUCUGAAGAUGCAGUGAAUUCUAUGGAGAGUGUCUCUCAUUUGAACGGUGAACAUCACGCUCCUCAUCACAUCAGAAAUGGUGAAGUAAUAAACGAAAAAGCGGUGGAGAAAGUGCAAGAGAAUCAUUCCAAAAGGGUGCACAGUAGUGAAAAUGUGAACGAUCAUGUCGGUCAUGAAGACCUGCAGUUUACAGGUUCAGUACAUCACACCGAUCCAGUAGCUGUGAUACAAGAGGAUAUGCAUCUCCAAUACUCUGGCCACUUUGUUUCGGACACCCCAAAUUCGCUGUCCGAACUCACAGGAGAUUACGAGAGCCAGCUUAACAGCUUGCGGUAUGGGCGUUGGUGGUUUGAUUACGUCCAAAACGGUCCUCUGUCUCCACUAUCUCCCCAUGGACUGUCUCAGCUUCCGAACAACAAUUCAUGGGAAGUAGUCCGACACGCGAUGCCUUUCGGUCGGAAUGCACCCGGACCAGUGAACGUCAACGGAGUGGUUCCAAGACAAGUUUUCUUUCAUAUGAACCCUCAGAUGAUCCCAAAUGCUAAUUUUGGUAUGGAGGAGUUGCCUAAGCCACGAGGAACUGGGACAUACUUUCCAAAUGCGAACUUUUACAGAGAUAGACCGUUCCCACCAAGAAGAAACUCAAACCAAACUAGGUCGCCACGUAACAAUGGGCGUAACAUGGCGCAUUUUCACUCGGACCAUCGUCGUCAACAACAACUUCAUCAUCAUCAUAAUCAUCAUCCCAACCAAGCAAAUGGUUCUUGUGAGAUGAGUCAAGUUGAUUCGUUUGAAAGCCUCUCUGAUGCCAAUGGGUCUGCUGCAAAUCAUCAGUAUGAGAGAUCUACGGAACCUUUUCAAGCUGAGCUACGCUCCCCUCCCGAGGGAAGUAGUCAGAGUGACCUGAGCGUUGAAGGUUGUUAUAAUCAAUCACAUCGCCUAGCAUCUAUACCCUCCUCCACGGAGGAAGAACGGGUAACACAUACGCAGUCAUACUAUUUGGCGGAUGAUCACGAGUUCCCUCCCUUGUAGCUCUGGUCUGAUCUCUCACAAACACAUGCUCCUUAGAUCGUUAUAGGAACAAGUAUAGCUUUUUCUAACUUGUUUUGUCUCCUUCGCUCUCUCCACAGAAGAAAAAAAAGAAAAGAAAAAUAUGGAACUUGUUUGUUUUGGGCUGUGUUUUCUCUUUCCUUCUUGUAUGUUAUUUUUGGUGUAGAAUUUAUCUAUGUAACUUUAUUAUCAAAGUCUCAAACUCUGUGGACAAAACCUUUGAAGAGCUUUGUAUUUUAUACGUAGACAGGUUUGUGAGUGUAUCAUAGGAUUUGUUUGUUUC